AUGAUCACAUCGCCCUCGGUGUCUGCUCUGAGAAAUAGUAGUACUCAUCUAGUCUGGGAGAGCAUCGACUCUCGGAAUAUCAUCAACAAGCCUUUUCUUCACUCCGUUCCCCCGUCGGACCAUCUACGGCAAACUAACCGAGUCCCCAUCAAGAUUUUGAAAAUGCUUACGGCACGAUCAGGACACAUUUUGCACCCAGAGUAUCUUCAACCGUUACCAUCUACCCCGAUUAGCCCUAUUGAGGUAAGAUUUCAGAAAGACUAGUAGAAUUAAUGGUUAAAAGUUUCAUGUUUGUUUUGUUAGAAUUACUCAUAGAAAUGGUUAUCCCGGAAUGUAACACAUGGAAUAGCAUUUAAAAAAAACAUAUAUUUAUUAUAUCGUAGUGGAAAUGUGGGUUAUUCUGUUAUAAAGAUGACUGGUAAAGGAAACUGUUAUGAUUUUAGGAAAUGGGAAUCUUAAGUCUACUCGUAAGCACGGCUAUUCUCGCGUAAAAGCUGCGCAUUGCGCACAAUUCUUUUGGAGAAGGGCUCGGACAUUCCGUUUGUGGUUGCAUUUCGACCAAAAGUCCUAUUGUUUGUAUAUAUUUUUUCAGUGCUCGAUUUGUAAAUAUAGGUCUUGUUUUCUCUACAGCUAGAUGCUAAGAAGAGUCCGUUGGCACUGCUGGCGCAGACAUGCUCUCAAAUCGGUAAACCUGACCCCCCUCCCUCCUCCAAACUAUCCUCUAUUACAUCAAAUGGAUCUAGUGACAAGGAGUCCAAAUCCGGUCCAUUAAAAAUGAGUGACAUCGGUGUGGAUGACAAAUCCAGCUUCAAACCCUAUUCGAAACCGUCAGAUAAGAAGGACUCGUCCUCGGGCGUCUCGAGUGGAGAGAAGACUGGUUUCCGAGUGCCGAGCGCCACCUGUCAGCCGUUCACGCCACGGACAGGCAGCCCCAACUCUAGCACUUCUGCCUCGCCCAUGCCGUCAGAGGGGAAGUGUGGCGACAGGGAGGACAAGAAAGAUUCAGAUUGUAAUAAAAAUGGCACAACAGACGGAUCUGGAUCCACUAACAGCCACAGCAGGAUAAGCGUGAGUUGCGGUGGAAUUAACGUGGAGGUGAACCAACACCAGGAGACAACGCCUGGGUCCAAAGCCCCGUCUUCUGAAUCCUCCUCUCUAACCUCCGUUUCCUCUGCUUCCGGACUCGGGUCAGGACUUGUAGCCCCGGUCUCUCCUUACAAACCGGGUCAGACAGUUUUUCCCCUGCCGCCUGCUGGCAUGCACUACCCCGGGAGUUUAGGGGCCUAUGCUGGUUAUCCCCAACACUUCCUCCCUCACGGCGGGAGCCUGGUUAACGCACAGCUGGCCAGCAUGGGCUGCAGUAAGGCCGGAUCCAGCCCGCUGGCCGGGGCCUCUCCACCCUCCAUCAUGUCAGCCAGCCUGUGUAGAGACCCUUACUGCUUAAGUUACCAUUGUGCCAGCCACUUAGCGGGCGCUGCCAGUGCCUCGCAGCAGUGCCACGACAACGCAGCUGCCGCGGCAGCCAACGCGAUGAAAUCCGGGUACCACCACAUGUACCCGACACACCUUUUACACGGCAUGCACUCCUCUCCGCAAUCUUUCAGUGGACAUCCUUUGUACCCCUACGGUUUCAUGCUCCCCAACGACCCCCUUCCUCACGUCUGUAACUGGGUGUCAGCGAACGGACCCUGCGACAAGCGUUUCUCCUCUUCCGAGGAGCUGCUGAACCACCUGCGGACGCACACCGCCUUCACCGGGGCGGAGAAGUUGAUAUCGGGUUACCCUAAUUCCUCAUCGUUAGCUAGUGCUGCGGCUGCUGCGAUGGCAUGCCACAUGCACAUGCCACAGUCAGGAGGCCCUGGAAGCCCUGGGACACUGACGCUGAGGAGUCCGCAUCACGCGUUGGGACUAAGCAGCCGUUACCAUCCGUACUCCAAGAGCCCCCUGCCUACCGGAGCCCCUGUCCCUGUCCCCGCAGCCACCGGGCCAUACUACUCCCCCUAUGCACUGUACGGCCAGAGACUCACCACAGCGUCAGCGCUGGGAUACCAGUGA